AUGAAGGCAGAGAAUGGAGAACAGAGACUGAAGAUGGCACUUGUGGAAGUAAACAGAGGAGGACUGAUGGAGGAUAUGCCUCUCAGUGCUUCUGGUGACUUUAUAAAUGAGACUAAUGGACACACCAUGAUCAAAAACUUGGAGAAAGCAUGGGAAGUAAGUGAUCCCUCACCAGAAGGUAAUAAUGCAAAUUCAGUCAAUGACCAAGUUUCUGAUGAGAAUGAUAGUGCAUUUAGCAUGGAAGAAGUUUCUGAAGGUCAGAAGCUCAUCAACAGUAUUAAUAGGAAGAGGAACUCUUCCUCAGUGAAAGUGGAAUUUAUGGGUGCACGACUUGUUUCAAAGAAGACACGUGUGAGACAGAAUAACAAGAGGAGAAGGCAAGCCAAGGUUUUCAUCCCAAGGAAGAGACGAAAGGUUUUCAGUGGGCCUGAUGUGAAGGACAGGUUCUGCUGGAUUUGUCACAAGGGAGAGAUCUCUGGCUCGUGUGGAGGCUGUCCACGUAGCUUUCAUAUUCAGUGCUUAGGGGAAGUGUCUUCCCCUGACUUCAUUUGUUCAGAAUGUCUGCAUCAGCAAGAAGAUGAUUCCAAUUGCAAGAUGACUCCAAGAGAGCUUGACAGGGUCAACACCUUACUCAUGUUUGCAUUGCAAAGGUUGAAAUCUGUCCCUGGGUGUGAUCCCUUCCUGAAGCCUGUACCCCUGAACAUCUAUCCCAAGUACAUGGAGUAUAUCUGUCACCCUCUUGACCUAUCAUCUGUGGAGUAUCAGCUGAAGAAGAAACAUUACAUGAGUCUUGACUCCUUUUUCAGUGAUGUCAAGUGGAUCCUCCAUAACUGCAUUGUCUUCAACUCAUCUGAUUCUCCUUUGACAACUGUUGCAAAGAAAAUUGUGAAGUUAUGUCGAGAGGAAAUUUCUGAGAUUCGCGUUUGUCCUGAUUGCUACUACCACGCUCAUAUUCAACCUGAGACUUGGUUCACCGAAACCUAUCCCCAUGUGCUGAUCUGGGCCCGAAUGAGGUCUUUCCCAUUUUGGCCUGGGAAGGCCAUGAGAUGCACAAAUGGAAGUGUUGAUGUACGGUUCUUUGGAGCUCAUGACAGAGCAUGGGUCCCCUUGAAGCACUGCUUCCUGUACAGCACAGAAUGUCCAGGCUCCACCAGAAAUCGUAGGUUUCGUCAGGGGAUUCCUUUCAAAGAGAUCCAGGCUUACAUCUCAAAGGUAACUGCCAAGUUUGGCCCAUUCAGGAUUUCCCCUCCGAAGACACCUCUUCCUGCUGAUGACUGGAUAUCUGUCCUACAAGCUCAGUGGCCAAAGGGUGAAUUUACUGGGAUGGUGACAGCUCCUCUUCAGGACCCUCUUACACCUCCAGAUUUCUCUUUGACCAGGAAGCAAUGUAAUGGAAAGAUUGCCAGGAAUACUGUGAAACUUGCUUCUGAUGAAGUUACAGGCCCUGCUCGAAGGUGCCUUGUAUCCCGUAAAACGUCAUCGGGGAAGAUCCUGAGGAUUCUCGGCCCUUCCAAACCAUCUUCUCAGCCACACCAUGAUCAGCAGAUUUCCCUGAAGAGGAAAGAUGGUGGAAGACGACGUCGCAAAGCAGGCAUGCGCAGAAGACCCAUUGUUACCAGACAACAAGUAGGCCCCAAUGGAAUGAUCCAAGACAAGGAGGAAUUCUCUGAACACAUAGCUGUAAAGGAGGAACCUCUCCAGCCGGAAUCAAGGAGUGAUCUUUCUGUGAUCUUUCUGAAUGCUGUAGAACAUAGGCCUCAGGUUCACCUCAAGCCACAAUCUUUACUCCAGGCACAAUCUCUCCACAGAAGAGAGUCCAGGAGUGGAGGUGGGAAAUUUAAUAAUACCACCACUUGGACUCAAGUGAUGGAAAGUGCUGUGCAAUCUAAGAACAAGGAACUGGACAGGGUAACACCACCCAGUAUGAGCAGGGAGACCACUCAAAAUGGUGCUGAAAAUGAGGAAAGGCAGGUAUUAGAGGAAUCUGCAUCCCACGAUGGAGUAGCAUCCCCUGAUGCAUUCACUGGAGAUGCAUCCUCCCAUGUGUCAAAUCCAAGGAACAAAGAUAGUGAAAGUUCCCAGGAAGAAGCCUCUAUGGACUUGGCUAUGCAUAAGUUUUUGGGCAGUUUGCACUUGCAGGCAAUGAAUGCUACAGAAGUAGAAGUUGAAACACCAGGAGAGGAGAGUGUAGAAGAAGACCCUCUGGCCCUUGAUGGACCAGAGCCUGAAGAACUUGAUGCAGCUCCUGCUCCCACAAGGCUCCAAGUUAGCUCAAGUAUCCAGAUCUCCAUUGUCGACCCCUCAAAUCCCAAACCUUCAUCUUCAAAAUCAGUGGAGAGGGAAGUGGAAAUAGUGAAAGUGAAUGAAAAGGGGGAGCUUCAGAAACAUGGGUCUGCAAAGAGAGGUUUCAGCAGUGAAUAUGUGCAGAACCUAGAAAAGGUGAUUGAAUCUGUGACUGACAAACAUCCAAGGCUUAAUAGGCUCCCAAAUGUGAUGCAACAGCCUAAAGUGACAACAAACCCAAAAAGGGCAAAUGUGACUAUUGUUCCGAUACCAUCAAAGUCCAGUGGAAAUUCUUUUGCUCAGGCAUUGAAUGCAGGUCCUCCGAAUGUUGUCUGGAGGGGCAGAGCUCCAGUUGUCUCAAAUGGAGGAAUCUCUGUGAAGGACUUUGCUCAUCCUGCUCCUGGAAAUUGCUUUUCUCCCAUUUUGCAAGCUCCAAAGGGAGGAGCAGUGUCAUUGAUGAAUGCCAUAGCAGGAACAUCCAGCCCUCUUCCUGCCAGCCCUGCCUCAUCUUCUAUGACAACAGUGUUCAAUGCUGAUGUGGGCCCUGUCCAUCGGGAGGUCUUCGAGAGCUUACUACGAGAGACAGGGAACAUGGGGAGCCCAGAGGCCACCAUCAAAACCCUUCAGCUGGAAAAUGAGCGACUGAAAUGGAAGCAUGCACAAGAGAUGACUGAAGUGAAGAAGAGUUUUGAGCUACAGCUGCUAGAACACAAGAAACUGUUUGAUCUGGAGUCACAAAGGCUAAGGCAAACUUGGGAACAGGAAACAAAGAAGACGAUUGAAGAAGUGAAGAAGAAGCAGUGGUUUGUCAUUUCUGCUCAAAUGGAGAAGCACUGGCCCAUGCAUGUGGACACCUGUUCUCAUUCCACUGAAAAUAAUGACACCCCUAUGGCUCCCAAUCAGGACAUCUCCACUGCAGAUGAGGAUGCUGGAAACACAUCUAUUGAAGCUGUAGAAAUUGGUACCACCUGGGUGCCUCAAGUAGUUUGUGGGAAUGAUGCAAAGCCACGCCGCACUCGAUGCCAUGUGUGUAGUGGGUGUAAGGAGAAGCAGAAUUGUGGGACCUGUCGCUAUUGCCUGAAUAAGAGAAUGCGUAAGGCAUGUAUCAAGCGCCGCUGCAUCUCCCUUCACCCUCGAAACAAGAUAAUUGAAAAAGGCGUGAUAUCCUGCAAGAGCCCAGAGGAGAGGAUGUCUCCAGCAUCAGGGAAUGGAGAGAAUGUGAGCUACCCAAUCACAGUGUCCCCAAGUGAUCACGUAUCCCUUCACAGCCCCUCCCCUCCCAUCUCCACUUCCUCUGCACCCGACCCCAUUACCGCCCUCUCGCAUCAGCCACACAUCCUUUUCUCUUCCCAACCCCAGGCACUGGAUCAGUUACUACAUGAAGGAGGAGGAGUGGCACCAGCAGCUCUAUUAUAUCCGUGCCCGGUCAUAAUAUGCAGUGACCCGGAGAUUUCUUCUCCUCCUCAUUCUGAUCCUUCUCCCUCCUGUUCACAUUCAUCUUCUGCUCCUCCUUUCAUCUGAUUAUGUCUGGAUGGUUCCUGGGACUGGAGAUAUUGAGCCAUCGUCAUCGUCUCAUCUUCCAUCACAUGAGUCAUAUGCAAGGCAACUUGUGCUGCAUGGCGGGAGCCUGCCUGGACCCUUUCCAGCCAGGCAGCCGGUCUACUUUUGACUGCUCUCUUGCUCAUGCACCUCUUGCAUGCUUUGCCUUCCUCUGUUUUUUGAAGGAAAUGUUGCAUAAUUUAUUGCACCAUGUAUUUCUACGAACCCCUUUUUAAGAGAGAGAAGCGCCCCUUGGGGUUAUGGAUUUUGUGAUAGGUUAUGGAAGGAUUAGAGAGCGAAGAGACUCUAAUGUUGAGGACGUUAGUUAUCUGUUGUUACAUUAAUGAAUCUCACUCUUAAAAAGCAAUGAUGCUAGUUUUCUUCCUACGUAUACUUUGUAUUUCUCAUGUUCAACCAGAAAGCAGUACCUCAGCCAAAAGAUGUAUGGUUUACAGGGCCACUCAGAAUGUGACUUCCAAGAUCUUCUGUAUCUUCGAAUUCUUGUAUGUUUCAUUGCGGCUUUUUUCCGAGCCCCUCUGUGAUAAGUGAAUAUUAAAAAUUGAUGCUGGUACAGGUUUGGAAACAGAUGAAGUGAGGGGUGCUUUUUUUGUUCUCAUGUUCAGCUGAGAGAUGCAAAUAAAAGACUGUCAAUGCUAC